AUGUCUGGAACGCUCGAGGCCAUCCGUUACACGCGCGGCUCGCUGGACGUGCUCGACCAGCUACGGCUACCGCACGAGCACCACUACGAUGCCGUUUCGACGAGCUCCGAAGCCUUCGACUGCAUUCGCUCGAUGCGCGUGCGUGGCGCGCCGGCAAUUGCCAUUGUGGCCAGCUUGGCGCUUGCUGUCGAGCUGGGCGCGGCUGCUACCCAGACGAAGAUUGGCGCGUCGGCACAAGAGGCCGUGUCCUACAUUGACAGCCGCCUCGACUACUUGCUGGAGAGCCGGCCGACGGCCGUGGACCUGGCAAACGCCAUCAGCCUCCUGAAGAAAGAAGUGCGCGGCGUGCAGUUGGCGGGACUGGACGACGCGGCGGCCAAGGCGGCGGUCGUUGAUGCGUACGUGGCGGCGGCGGAGGCGAUCCUGCAGCGCGACUUGCAGUCCAACCUCUCGAUUGGCAACCAUGGUGCGGACUGGUUGCUGAAGGAGGGUGGCUCUACGUCUGCAUCUGGCGCGUCGGGCUCGGACAAGAUCUCGGUGCUCACGCACUGCAACACAGGCUCGCUCGCUACGUCCGGCCACGGCACGGCACUCGGCAUCAUCCGGUCGCUGCACGCCCGCGAUGCUCUUCUCCAUGCGUUUUGCACAGAGACACGGCCCUACAAUCAGGGCAGCCGGCUGACCGCGUUUGAGCUCGUGUACGAGAAGAUCCCGUCUACGCUCAUCACGGAUUCGAUGGCAGCCGCCUUGUUUGCGCUCAAGAAGGACUCACACAACAUCCGCGCCGUGAUUGUCGGCUCUGACCGGGUGGUGCGCAACGGCGACACGGCUAACAAGAUCGGCACGUAUCAGUUGGCAGUGCUGGCGCGCCACCACGGCAUCCGCUUUGUCGUGGCAGCGCCGACGACCAGCAUUGACCUGCAGACGCCGACAGGUGCUCAGAUCAAGAUUGAGGAGCGUAAGCGCGAGGAGUUGACGCAGGUGACGGGCCCUGUGGUCGGGCCGGAUGGCAAGGUGGACCUGUCGCAGCCGGCGGUGCGCGUGGCGACGGCAGAUCAGCGCAUCAAUGUGUGGAACCCGGCGUUUGACGUGACACCGCACGCGCUGAUCGAUGUGAUUGUGACGGAGAAGGGCGUCGUUGAGAAGAACACCAGAGGAGAGUUUGAUCUCACGGUGGUGUUCUAG